AUGGCAGCUCCAACAUGGUUUUUCAUUUCUUUUAUGGUUUUGCUAAGCUUAGCAAUAUGCUCUUCCCAGACUAUUGAUGUUCACACAAUUAAGUCCAAGGAAGCUGAUCAUCACCACCACAAACUCACACUUUUGAGUAAUAUCGACGUCCAACGCUUUGGAGGAGGACGUGGUGGUGGCGGCGGAUUUGGCAUUGUUGGUGGAGGUGGAUUUGGCAUUGGCAUUGGUGGUGAUGGUAGAUUUGGCAUUGACAUUGGUGGAGUUGUCCCUGCCUACAAUGACCCUGGCUAUGGUUCCCCUAUCUAUAUACCUGGCUUUGAUUUCCCAAUCUAUUCCCCUGCUUGUGGUUAUGUGUGUCCUGCUAAUAAUCCUAGUGGAGAAAUCACUGAAUUCAAAAUCUCAGGAUUACCACACUUAACCAGACCAUACCGAUGCAGGCCAGGACCAAACAUGCGUGGAGACAAAGAUUAUAACCAAGAACUUCUUCUACACUUUGUUUCUACAAUGCAGGACAAACAUGAGAACAAACAACAACGUCUACACUAUGGAGGACACGGUGGAGAUGCAGGUCACCUUGUAGGGGGAAGUAGACGUUUAGGAUUUGGUCGCGGUAGUGGUAGUUCUGAUACCUCUGAUCAGUAUGAUACCGAGGACCCUGGUAGCAUUUUCGAUGGGUGUGGUUAUGUAUGUCCAGGCAACAGUCCUAGUGGAGGAAUCACUGAAUUCCAUAUCUCAGGAUUAUCACAUUUCAAUGGACCUUACAGAUGUCGCCAAGAUAUGUGUGACACUGAAGAUUGUGGUGAAUUUCUUCUACACUUUGUUUCUCCAAUGCAUAACAAACAUGAGAACCAACAUGGUCAUCAGUCAGAGCAGUAA